AUGAGGAUAGUCUUCAAGGAACUUGAUCUAGAUAAAAAUGGGAAGAUUGAUGCUGACAUUUUUAUCAAAGUUUGUAAAGACCAUGAAAUAGUAAUUAGUGAGGCUGACUAGAACUAUUUGAAAGCCAAGGUAGCCUACCUAAAUAAAGUCAACUAUGAGGAAGUGAUUAAAGACCUGGUACUCUUGAUAAAUGAGAAGUACUCUGAACUUUAACAUACUUCAGCAAAUACAAAUGAAAUUUUCUACUGGGUCUUGAGGUCAAACAAUCAGAAAUUAGUCGAUGGAAUAAAGAAUACAGAGCUUGCGCAGAACUAUCUUAGGCUCUUUAAGUUUAGGAAUAAUAGAAAUGCCAUGAAUCAACUCAGUAAAAGUCUAAUGAACUUCAAUACUCUUUAGCCUAGAUAAGAUAGACAUGCCUUGCAUCACAAUGACUCCAAAAAUGAGAAUAGGGACAGCUCUUCCAAUUAAAAUAACCAUAAUCACUCGUAGAAUUCUCAACACCCUCUUCAUCUUCACUUGAUAAAUCACUCAUUUAUGGCUAAUUUUGGCCCAGACAUGUAAAACACUAUUCAUAAAAUUGUGGGUAGUUCCACGAUUCACAAUGCUACUAAAGCCUAUGACUGGUCUAAGCAGAUAAGUGCUAUUUCCAAGAAGGUUAACAUUCUUAAGAAUAUAUAAAAUAAAAUGUAUAUCAAAUAAGCCUAAGGCACUGAAUAGAUUCAUUCUAAAAAAGAAAAGAUACGUAAAUACAUGAAAGAAAAUGAUGUGGAUAUAAUGCAUCUGAAUGCAAUCGAUGGUGCAUUUUUAGACUGUGAUGAGGAAAGAGCAGGUACCAUAACUAAGAAGGCUUUGCUAGAGAAGAUAGCUGAGAAUAAUCUGCAGUUCCCAGCUGAUUUCCUCUUCAAUCUGAUACAAGAUAUGCAAGAAGAUAGUGAUGAUUCCUCAGAAAAUGCCAUGCUUAAAUAUGAAAGCUUGAAGCAGAUAAUUGAGAUUUAUAACAACGCACCGAUUUUCUUAAAGGGUGAUUCAAACAAUUCUGAUAAUUUCAAACGGAACAUGGACACUAAUAAGGAUCUAUACGAUGAUUAUCAAAGAUUGGAUAGACUUUUGAAGUAUGUACAUGUGAGAAUAGAAGAGAAAUUCAAGGAUUUUAGACAUGCUUUCAGAUCAUUUGACAAAAACUUUGAUGGAGGUCUCAACUUUAAAGAAUUUAUCACUGGAAUGGAAGGAAUAGGAAAAUAGCAGCAUGAUUAAUUGUAGAAGGAGAAGGAAAAGUAAAGCUAGAAAUCAACAGCUAGCCAAAAACCUCCAAGACCAGCUCUAUCCUAACUAUCAAUCACAGGAUAAUCAUAAAAGGAGUCUGCUGCCAAAGCACAUCCAUUGUUCGGUGACGGGAAUAUACCUAAGAACAAGGAUGUAAAUAGCUUUUAGAGGGAUAUCUAGGACAUUACUCCAAUCAGAGCUUAUAUGCAGAAAAGAAUUCACAGUCCCUUUGACAGAAUGGGGAACUAAACCUUCGCCAGUUUUAAUGAUGCCUUCGGUAUCUCUUCCAAGAGAAAUCACGACAUGGUAGCUUUGCUCACUAACUCCUACUCUGAAAAUUUGCAUUAAAUGACUAUCGAAGAGCUGAGGAGUUCUGCCUCAAGGAAAACCCUCACUUCUAAAAAUACGAAUGCACAGCAACUUAGAGAAGCAGCAAUCAAAAGUAAGUACAAGCCAAUUCCCAGGAAAUCAUUUACCCCUACUCAUGGAGGAUCUGCCCCUUCAAUUACUCCUAUAAGAAAAAACAUUAGAAGGAGAUUUAUACUUGAGGGAUCAAAUAAAUUUUUGGAGUCUUCAGCUAAAAAGAAUUCAAUUACUGCUAGUUGA